AUGUCGCUCGAUGAAACCCCGACGAACCAGGCAAAGCCGCCGCAGCUUAACAAGCUGGAGACCAACCAGUCGACAGCCAGCGCUUCGGCCUCUGAUCCGCUGUCAGGCCAUCUGAACCACUUGUCAGAGGUGCAGACGGAGGCACUUGAUGCGUUUAAGAAAGAAUGCGAAGCGCGGAAGAUAUAUACGCCCGCAGAGGACGGCGGGGAAGCGAGUCAUGACGAUUCAACCUUGCUACGCUUCCUGCGAGCUCGUAGGUUCGAUGUUAACGGUGCCCUGGCCCAGUUUCAAUCCACCGAGGAAUGGCGAAAGGAGAACGACAUCGAUGCUCUGUACGAGAACUUUGAUGUCGAUUCGUACGAACAAGCUCGUAGAGUGUACCCCCAAUGGACUGGCCGACGUGACCGAAGGGGCAUCCCCAUCUACGUCUACGUGAUAAAACACCUCAAUAACAAGAAUAUGACCGCCUAUACCUCGUCUGCAGCUAACACUGCUACUUCCUCCACCCAUGCCUCUUCAAAGGUUCCCCCAAGAUUGCUCCGUCUAUUUGCACUAUACGAGAACAUGGUCCGCUUCGUCCUACCGUUAUGCACCCGUCUGGACCGGCCGAACCCGGAGUCUCCUAUUGUUAAUACUACAAAUAUUGUUGAUAUAACUGGAGUGGGAUUAAAGCAGUUUUGGAAUUUGAAGGGUCACAUGCAGGAUGCGAGUACUCUAGCUACGGCGCAUUAUCCAGAGACCCUAGAUAGAAUAUUUGUAAGUCAUAUGCAAUUCCUUCCUCGUAAGCUGAUGGAAUGCAUAACUGACCGGGCAAAAUUGCCAUGGCAAAAAAAGAUUAUAGGAGCACCCGUAUUCUUCCCUACAGUCUGGGGCUGGAUAAAGCGUUGGUUCGAUCCUGGCACAACAUCAAAGAUAUUCAUUCUUUCUGCUGCCGAUGUACAACCGACUCUCUCAUCAUUUAUGGAUCCUGCCGAUAUCCCGAAACGCUACGGUGGUGAGCUCGACUGGGACUGGGGCGACAUGCCAAACCUGGACGAGCCUGCGAGAGCCCUUGUAGGUUCUUGUGAGAUAGUGGGCCCCUACGCCGAUAAGCCAGAUGAAAAAGAAAAUUCCAGCGGGGAAGCUACGGAAGGGGCCGAAGCAAGGAAAUCCAACUUCAUCAAGGGACCCGCUACAGUUCAUAAUGACAGAAUAGAAGUCCUGGGCAGCAUCAAGGGAGAGGAAAGGAGGAAGACAUUCCCGCUACAUGUGAGCCAGAGUGAGAAGCAGGAUGCAGAAGUUAUAGAAGAGGCGAAGAGUGAAUCCCCGGAUCCCACUGUACAGCUAUCGAAUGAUCUGGAGAAGGCUGCCUUGUCUCAGUGCGAAAACGUCGCCCCUGUUGCUGCGAAUGCCGUUGCCUCUGCAUGA